AUGAUUAGCAUUGAUAAAUCAAAUACUUCUCAGCCACGUAAUAGUUUAUCACCACGUAGAUCAUCAAUAUCAAUGAUAUCAAAUAAUAAAGGAAGAAAAAGUAGUGCAUUUCGAACAUCUAUAUCGAAAAUACGAAAUAGUAUUGAUAUACAAUUACAAUCAUUAACAACUCAAAAUCCACGUACUAGUUUCAAAUUAACUAAUGAACAGUAUAUUAAUGAAAAAAUACCUUUUUCGGAAUCAGAUUUAAUUCAUUGA